AACAAUGAUGCAAGUCGUAUUAUAACAAUGAUUCACAUAAAACUCGCAAGUCGCAACUAAAGAAAUGGAGAGGCGAAACAAAGCAUCAGCAGAUGGCGAUAAUGGAAAGUCAGGUUUAAUAUUCCUGGGCACCGGAUGCUCUUCUGGAGUACCAAGUGCGCGGUGCUUAAUACAACCGUCUCAUCCUCCGUGCCCCGUUUGUUCUCUCUCCGUCAAAAUUCCACCCCAAAACAAUCCUAACUACAGGUGCAAUACAUCUUUGCUCAUAGAUUAUUGUCAGGAAAAUGGUGACCAUAAGUAUAUCAUAAUUGAUGUUGGCAAGACUUUCAGAGAGCAAGUUCUUCGAUGGUUCACACACUACAAAGUUCCUCGGAUUGAUUCUGUGUUAUUUACACACGAGCAUGCUGAUGCAGUCCUUGGGAUCAAUGACUUAGACUGUGUGAAUAAUGAAGAUAGUGCUAUUCCAGUUUAUGGCACUCAGGAAUGUGUUGAUAGUGUUGUGGCUAGAUUUCCUCACCUGUGUAAUAAGAUAGCGCAUAAGCAGAACAAAGGAAUAGGAGAAGCAGCCUUUGUAGAUUGGAGAUUAAUUGAAAACCAUUGUGAAAAGCCAUUCAUUGCUUCAGGACUGCAAUUUCAUCCUUUACCAGUGAUGCAUGGGGAGGAUUAUAUCGCUCUAGGUUUUCUGUUUGGUGACAAAUCUAAGGUAGCCUACGUCUCUGAUGUUUCUCGCUUUCCUUCAUCUACAGAAUAUGCUAUCUCAAAAGGCAGAGGAGCGGAGCUGGACCUUCUUAUCUUGGAUACCAACUGUAUUUAUUUGAAUGGUCAUCGAAACACACACUUUUGCUUCCCCGAGGGAAAGGAUACCAGUCCAACUAGCUCAUGAUGGCCUAAGAAUUCCAAUAAAUUUAUGAUUCAGCAACUUUUCGGUAAGACGGCCUUACGGGCGCGUGUAGGAAAGACCAGAUGAGAUAAACACGCGCGCGUGGCCUCACGCGCGGUUUAAAUAGAGUUUUUUUCUCUCUCCUCUCAUUUUCUGCAAAAGCGUCUCUAAACUCUCUGGCUUUCGGUCUCUCUCCUCCAAAGCUCUCUGCCUCUCUCUCUCCUCCAAAAAUCGGACACGCCGUCGACUCGUCGGUCACCUCCUUGCCGCCGCCUUCUCCUUUCUUCUCGCCGCCGUUGCAAGUUGUGUGAAUCUCCUGUAGAUCGAAGAGAUGAUGCGCCAUGAAACACGGUGAGCUCCGACCACAUUUUUGUAGGCGACAGGGAGGAGAUUUUUCUCCUCCACCAUGAUCUCCUCCCUUUUCCUGAGUUGAGGCGUCAUCUGCUUGUUGGACUUUUCCGCCCCCAGAUCUCGCGAGAUCCACUUGUUUGACGCCAGAAAUCGGCGGUGUUAGGUUGUUCGUGUUGUUGUUGUGGCUUGUUGAUUGGGAUCUGUAUUGUCCCUAACAACGUCACAUGCCUUUGAAAGCAACAGAAAGGGGAGAAAUAGUGGGUUUGCAGCAAGAUAUGUUCGUUGAAUGUAAAUGCUCCAAUUGAACCAUAAACAGUAGCACUACUUUUUGGUUUCACAGCAAUAAUAAUAGCACUUUUAGUCAUUGUCAUUAAUUGGUAUACUGCUAAUCAUGUACUCUG